UAAUUGUAUCAUUUCAGCAUUUGGUCUUUGUUUUUAUAUCACUAGUUCGGCUUUUUAUAUUUUAAAAGCCUAAAAAAAAUCAAAAGCCUAAACUCUACUGUUUAAAAAUAACUGGUUGAAUCUUUCUUCAAAUUUUCAAAUUAUGAACAUACAGUACUUCUAACAAUAACUAACAAAAAUAUAUAAAAGUAUGUAAAAUGGUUAAGUUAAUUUAAUUAGUGGUAAUACAUUAAUAUGAACUAUUGCCUAUUUCCCAACAAUAAACCAUUAUUGUUACAAGAUUCAACACUCCAAGUACACUAUUUUACUCACUAUCUUUUUAACUUUAAAACAACAUGAUGUUUUAUAGUCACUUUUAUCUACCUCUGGAUGAAUAACCAAGCUGUCUAACAGUGACACCUUGGUUUAAAAAAUGAGUAACAGCGCAUUCCUUGGAAAACGUAAGCUAUUCCACGAUCGAUCUUUUGCUUCUUCUUUUGUCAAACAUCAUUUACUUUAGCUGGGUUUAGGUAAAAAAAAUACUAACAGAAAUAAUAAGAAAACAUUCCAAAAAAUAAAUCCUUAUUAAUUACAAAUUUACAAUAGGUUAGUGGAGAAAUGAAAAUGACACAGAACCUACAAAUUAUAAAAUACCAAAGGUGAUUAAGAUGAAAAGGUAAAUGAUAAGUUACCAAAAUGUAAACAAAAAUUUAUCAUGUUCAGUCACAUAUAUAGUGAAUUUGAAAAAAAAAACCACUAAUCACUUGAUCGAAAUUUCAUUUUAGUGUUUAGAUCUGUUGUUUCUCCCUUAUAUAGUGGAGUCAAACUAGUCAAACGAGUUUCGUUGGAAGCACAUAAACAAACAUUUUUCUUCUUUCCCCUAAAACAAAGUUUCUAUUACAAAUGAAUAUUUAAUUAUAACAAAAAGAAAAGAAAAGAAAUAGUAUUAUCUUUAAACUCUCUCUCUAUCCCGCUCUCUUCCACAGACGGUCCCUUUGCACAGAAGCGAAUUGACUAUACAUUUACUCUCUCGAUCUGUCUUAAGCUUCCCUUUUCUUCCUCUUCCAAAAGGUCAUCUUUAAAAGUUUUUUUUUGAAGAAUUUUCUGGAGCGUGAUCCAGUGAUGAUGAUGUGGUACUGAGGAGGGGUUGGAAACUGAAUCAUUUCAAAGGGCAAUCAUGAAGGAAGAGAAUGCUGUUUCUGGCAUCACCAUACCGCUCCAUGCUCGCCCUCUCACUCGUGCUUACUCUAAGAUGAUAACAUCAUCAGAAGUGGAUGCUACAACACAGAGUCUAGGACAUGUCGCGAGAGCAAACACAAAGAGAGCAGCCUUGGAUGAGAAGAAAGCUAGUGCACCUAAGAAGCUAGCUGUUCUUAAGGAUAUCACAAACGAGAUCUCACCUAAGUUGGAGAACAUCAAGCAGAUAGAGAAGGUGGACGCUGUAUCCACUGUGGCAAAUAUUCUGAAAGUCAUUGACAUUGAUUCAAAUGAGAAAGAUCCUCUAUUGUGUAGCCUUUAUGCACCUGAAAUCUACCACAAUCUGCGAGUUGCCGAGCUUCAACGCAGACCAUUUCCGGAUUAUUUGGAAAGAACACAAAGAGAUCUGACUCAGACAAUGAGAGGAAUACUAGUUGAUUGGCUUGUAGAGGUCUCAGAGGAAUACAAACUUGUACCGGACACACUCUACCUCACAGUGUAUCUCAUAGAUUGGUUUCUCCAUGGGAACUACAUUGAAAGGCAGAGGCUUCAAUUGCUCGGCGUCACCUGUAUGUUCAUUGCUUCAAAAUACGAGGAGAUCUUUGCGCCACGCAUUGAGGAGUUCUGCUUCAUCACUGAUAGCACUUACACAAAGGAUCAGGUCCUGGAGAUGGAGAGCCAAGUACUAAAGCAUUUUAGCUUCCAGAUUUACACACCAACUCCAAAGACAUUCCUCAGGAGGUUUCUCCGAGCAGCUCAUGCUUCUGAUCUGGAGAAACCAAGUGUUGAGAUGGAGUUUCUUGCAAACUAUCUCAUGGAACUGACAUUAAUAGACUAUGAGUUCUUGAAGUUCCUUCCUUCGGUCAUCGCUGCUUCAGCUGUUUUUCUUGCCAAGUGGACACUGAACCAAUCAAGCCACCCUUGGAAUCCAACUCUUGAGCAUUACACAACUUUCAAAGCCUCAGACCUUAAAGCAUCUGUUCACGCCUUGCAAGAUCUGCAGCUUAACAUCAAAGGGUGCUCCUUGGCAUCUAUACGCAUGAAGUAUAAGCAAGAGAAGUUCAAAUCCUUGGCGGUUUUGUCUUCUCCGGAGCUACCUGACAGGCUAUUCUGAAUAGAGAUUAAACCAAGCGGUUCAUCUCCUAACCGAAGCAUAUGCAACUUAGAAACUGAUGGUCUGGAUCGUCCCUCUCUCAUUUAUCUGUUACUGUCAAAUAAAACGAUAACCUUUCCACGGUCUGGAUUUUAUUUAAUACCCAGUAACCGGAUUAGUUAGUGUUCGUUUAUUCCGGUUUAGUGUAGACUUGUUUGGUUCUUCCAAACCAAGAUUAUUUUAGUUGAAACGGAUGUACAUUUUUUCUCGUUCUA